UGGAAAAGAGUCCACAACCAGAAAAAACUCGUCUUCAUCUUCUUAAUGUGAAUGAACUAUGUCAGUUUUUGGAGCCGAGGUUUCGACAGGAUAAUAUAGAUCUCCUUGCACUUGAAAUGUUUGCAAAAAACGACAUCAGCGGACAUGUCUUUAAACACUUUCAGAUGGAAGAUUUGACCGCCAUUACUGAUUUGUCAUACGGUCAAAAGAAAUCCAUAUUGAUUCUAAAAGAAAAACUCCUUGUCGAGGAAGAAGCAUUGCCGACCAGGACCCCGGGUCCCGAUAUAAGGGAUAAAACCACUCCAAAGAUACGAGAAUCAUUUAGGAAGUUUGAUACAUCUGCUGGUGUGUUAGGGUCAUACAGAAAAGGUGCUAUCCUCUCCACUGAUGUCAAUAGAGUCCAUAACUUGAUCGAACCUGUUCACAGGUUUGUGAACUUGCCUGAAGAUGGAUCACAAACAAUUGCAUGUUGGCUUGCUAAUGAAACUAUUGCUUUUGCUGUAGCGUGCAUGAAUGACAGAACUAAUGGUACGGUCCAUUUUGGAGUUAAGGAUGUGAGUGACAACAAUCAAUUGAAAGGAGAAAUUGUUGGCAUUUCAACUGACAGGAACAUAUGCAAUGAAACAAUUAAAAGAUUCCUGAGAGAGAAGAUGUUUGAAGAUCAGAUAGAAAUUGCUUGGAAAUGCAUUCGGCCUCCUGAAUUCAUUCAUGUUGCUGAAUCAGGUAAAAACAUUGCACGCUGUGUAGUUGAAAUUGACGUCAUACCUCACGCUGCUCUUUUGGAAGAUGACGCCAUUUUCGUUAAAACAAAUGUAGCAGGAACCAUCAAACCUAUCCUGUAUCGCUUCAAAGAGGGCAGUGUCAUACCAGAGAAACAAAACGAAGAACAACAACGUCAAUACAUGCGUAUCAAAAGAAAGCUUCAUGACCACCGCAAAAAACAAGAAGAUAAACCCAAGCAUCAAAAGGCUCAACAAAAUUUGAGGCAAAUGUUUUUGAACAUCUUUUCAUGUGGGGAAUCAAAACUUAGAGCAGAAACGUACCCAGUUAUCUUUAUUGGUGAAUGUGACGAGAACGCGAAGAAGGAAAUAACCGAAAACUGCUUCGAAUUUGUACAACUUUUACAACCUUAUGCAGUGUUUGAUUUCAAUUCUUCAACCAAACCAGGAUCCUUACACCACUAUAUGGAGGAAACAAAAGAACAGGCGUUAAAAAUAGUGACAACAGAUAAUUUUGAUAAGGAAAGUGAAGAAAAUAAAAAAGAUGUUGAAAAACAUGGUCGCCUGAUGGAUGAUCUACGGAAUUCUUAUAUGCAGACAUGGGUAUUUGCAAAUGGAUAUGACCGAAUGAGACGGGAUCAUAUGGGUCCUUUAGAUUGGAAACAGAAAAGAAGCCAGGGCUUCAAGGAAGCAUUACGAUAUUGUUACAUCGACAUUCCCACUGGACGAGCUAUAGCCUUUUUUCUGCUGCUUUCCAAAAACUAUGAUGUCAUGCUUGAGGCUGCCGAAGAUGUCCUCUCAAAAUUCCAUGGACAAUGGAUUUUGUUUGCACCUUCUGAGGAUAUUGCAAACAACUGGGUAUCCGAACUGAUUCGCAGAAAUAGCGUUGACGAAAAUAUAAUCAACGAGAGAUGCAUCAUAGGAAUGCCAUGGAAACAAGUAAAUGAGAUGAUUCAACAAGUUGUUGGACCACUCCAAGAUUCCGCCUGUCAAAUACCACUUGGAAAUGGAGGAUAUUGCUCGCUGAGAAAUAGAGUAAGGAAUGAACUUUGUGACUUGGAUAUCUUAAGUCAUCAAGAAUGCGACAACAGUGACAUAUUGAAGGGCAAAAUUCUGACAGAGAAGCACUACAGAGAAGUACAGGAGAAGUUCUAUCAUGGUGAUGAGCCAAACUGGUGGAACUACUGGUAUAAAGAGGAUCACGUUUGUCGGAGAUCGCAACAUGACAGCUUGAUGAAAUGUGUCAGAAAUGCGCUACAAGGACAAAAGAGUGACGAAGACAAAGUUCCUGUGGUUACACUGAUACACCAACCCGGAUCUGGAGGCACAACGACAGCUCGACAGAUUUUGUGGGACUUACGAAGAGAAUAUCGGUGCUGCGUCGCAAGAAGAAUCACAGAUCAAACAUGCGACCAAAUAGUAGAGCUACGGAAUUACGAAGAGUCUGGUUCUCCUCGUCCUCCAUUGGUCCUACUCGACAAUUGUGACGAAGAGAUCUUGGUUAAUUUGCAGUCAUAUCUGCAACGAAGGGCAAGAGAAGCAUCGAUACGAUCUGAUGAACCAAUUGACACAUUCUGUGUCCUUUUAGUUUGUUCACGCAGAACACGUCUCCCUCGAAACUACAUUAAAGAACAACCCGUUCUGAUUCGACAGGAAUUGGAUACACAGGAGCUUGACUGGUUCAAGAAGAAGGCCGGUGUUUUGAAAAACCGAUUUGAGAAAGACGAAGGCAUUGACCCGAAGCUGCUCAUAUCUUUCAAUAUUCUCAAAGAAAAUUUCAACUUUUCCUACAUCCAAAGUACUGUAAAGCAGUUCGUUGAUGGUAUUGAUUCAAAAGAAGAAAAAGAUCUACUGCUUUAUCUGUCACUGAUAAACACCUUCGAUAUAGACUUUCAACCGCUUCCAAUCAGUGCAUUCGAUGCUCUCAUGAAGAGCGGUCAAGGUAGCAACCUGAAGGCUUUGUCCAUAGUAAGCCCAUUAUUUGCCAGCGAGAUAUUUAAAUAUCUACAGGAAAACUCGCAUAGAAGUAUUAGCUCAACACUCUUGCAGUUUUUGGAGUCACGAGUCUUCAAUCGCCAGAACAGAUCAGUUGAUCAAGUUAUCCGCGUUGUCAACGAUUUACUGCGACUAAUCACUGAAGUACUCCAAAAAGAAGAUUCAGAAAAGGCUGUUCAAACUUUGCAGAAAGGCUUUACCAUAACAGAUGACCCUAGAAUCAUUCAACAUAUUGCAAGGCUUUACAUUCAUUGUGAAAACUGGGAAAAAGCUACAGAAUUUGCCAUCAAGGCAACACAAAUCAAACCCAACAAUUCCUAUUUUUGGGAUACAUAUGGUCAAAUUUUCAAAACCCAACUGUUUGAAAAAUACAAAACAUGUAUGCUAGCUGAUGAUACAUUGUCAGUAGAUGAUACAUGCGACAUCAUAAAGGUAGCAAUGAAAGGCAUUGAAAAGUUCCACAGAGAACAGAUAGAAAGUGAACAUGACAAGCAUGCUUCACAAAAUGAUGCAGGCUAUUUUGGCGAGGUGAGGCUAAUAAUUUUGUUAGUCAAAAUAUUGCAAUGUUCACCAUUUGAAGACAGUAUGUUGCAUACAUACAUUGUUGACGGCAAAUUUCAGCCUCCAGAGUUUGCCAGUAUAAACCAUGAAAGCCGAGAAGUUCUCAAACGUUUACAUGGCUAUACCGAAAUAGCGAUGCGAAAGAUGGAAGAAAAAUCAGCCCAGCUGAGAGGUACCAGCUCAAUAAAUAUUGUCGGGGAUAAACAUGUCUACUUAGAGGAAUUGGCUAGUUUACAGGAAAGUGUCGAUAACAUUUUCGGCGAAAAAAGUGAUGAAGUACCAGCACAUCUUUCUCAAAUAGAAAGCGCUGAUUUCAGAAGAAGACGAGUCCGCAGGCUUGGAGGAAGAUCACUUACAACACUUUUGAGGAUAAGGAGAAAGAUCGGUGACAAUGUGCGAGUUUUGGAUAUCAUGUUUGAUCACUUAAUGAAGAAUGCCUCUUCAUGCCCUGAACCAUUCGACAUUAUAAUUUUGAUCAGCGUCUCUAUUGUUAGAAGGAUCAUCUACCAGAAAGAAAGUGUCACGUCCAAACUUCCUCAGAUAUUGGGACUUACAAAGCGACUGUAUGAUGUCGAAUGUAACUCAAAGAGCGGCCAUGUCUACAUGGAGGUAUUCCUGUUCUUAAUGAUGUUUCAUUGGCCAACUGAAAACAGGAAAGAUAAAGAUCUUUGUCCUAUUGGAACUCUUCGUGAUGCCAUGGGAAGAUGGAAAUUGGCUUUUCUGAAGAAGCAUCCCCGUCAAAGAGACGACAGAAAUCCACAUAGACAAAAGGAAGCAACUCUGUUUUUCCUUGGCAAAGAUAUAGCCAGUGAUGAAAUUGUGUAUUACGAAGAACUACACAGUCGACAUAAUGCUGUUUAUUUCAACCGAGAUCAAAUCUGGGAGGGUCGUAAUGUCGUUAAUAAACUACAGCGACUGGAAGGCACUCUGGUUGAUGAUGGAUUGGAAGUCCUGAUCAAUAUUGAAACGAGGUCAGGGAAUAUUGAAACAUUAGCGGUUCCAACGUCCAUGCCAAUCGGGCGGAGAUCUUUGUGGCAGAAGAGGGUAUAUUUCUACCUUGGAUUUACAUGGGCUGGACCAAAAGCAUUUGACGUGUCGUCAGAUGAUCGACGGAAUCUCCUCGGGAAACUGGACACACAUGGUGAGGCCAUACGACAUUCUCGACCUCGACAACCUCUUCUCGAACCUACAACACGAAUAGAUGAAAUACGGCAUCAGUUGAAAAGGAUUGAGAAACUCAAGGCAAAGAAAGGGAGAAAUCCAAAACAGGAUCAAGAGAUUAGCCAUGAAGAGGAAUUGAAAACCGAAUUGAACGAUCUCUUUCAGCAGAUGCAGGACGUUUGGUAAACGAUGGGAGAAAACUGAUAAUGCAAGAUGGACUGGACAUUAUCUGUUGUGUAUUGUUCGGUGGUGAACUGGCAAAACCUUGAUUAGCAUUAAUUGUAAAUCAAACAUUAUUUGUCUCAUUCGGCGAAGUGUCGUGACUGCGAGACUGCAAAGUUUUUUUUCCGACGACGGCAGCGUCAACAUGAUUCUCUUUGAAGUUUUGCGUUUAGAUACGUUUCUCAAACAUUAUAAGGUCAACUUUAACCCAACUUAUUUUAAAGUUUGAUCGCAUAAUCAUUCAUGUAUAAUGAACAUCUCAAUGCAACAUUCAUUUAUGGAAUAUCAUCCAGAUAUAUGGUCCAAUGACUCCGUAAAAUGCGGAUACUGGAAAUCUUAAUUUAAAUGCUUUGUGUUUAGCUCAGUUUCUCAAAAAAUAUCGAUGUUGUUACAACCAGAUAUGUGAUAUACUUGUAGUUGCAUUAUAUUGUGUGAAUCUCAAAAUACCCUAUAUUACUUCAGAAUUAUAUACAUUUCAUUUUGUGUGUGUGUGUGUGUAUUUUGGAAUUAGAAACAUGUUUUAAAAAAUUGAUAUAAGAUCUUUAUUGCUUCUCAAAAGCUUUUAGUCAAAUUGGAACAAGUUCUGUAAUAUGUCAGAUAUUGUUUUCCUCAUUUGCCUAGAGGAAUGUUCUUGAGAGUAAAAAUGUGAUAAAUAGACAUUGUACAUUAUUUCUGAGAAUCGGUGGUUUCCUAUUUUCUUUGAAAUUAAUCAAUAUUUGCUCAUGUGUAUAACGUAUACUGGGUGCUUCGAUACUAUCACUUUAUGAAGGCGGGUGUUUGUUUUGUUCUUUUUGGAAAGCACAGAAAUUAUAAUGAAUGUUUGAGAUGGCUUAAAAUUAUUAUACCGACGAAACGGGGAAGUCAAGGUGUAUCAUUGAGUGUUAUUUCUGUGUAUAUAGUCGAAUGCAUUAUUUCACGAUUUUUCAUGUUGUGUCGCAAUACUUGUUGAAGAUACAUUUGAAAGAUGUACACCUAUCUCUUGCUUAUUAUAUGUUUUCCCCUCAUUUAUUGAACUUGAAAUGUGUACCUUUAGUGUACUAAGACAGUUAUCACAACUGAUGAAUUUCCUGAAUUUUAAAAUUCACAUAAAUUGGACGUUGAUUGAAAAUGUAAAUAGAAUGAACAUGUAAUAUAAUCAUUUAAUUAUUUUUGUUACAUUCAGCAUGAAAGAUAUUUGAUAGAAUUUUUGUAUUAGUAUAUUUAAGCAUUGAACUGUUAACGCACAUUAUGUAUGUUGUUUGCUUGCAAAGCUCUGCCAUUCAAAUAGAUCA